AUUUAACACGUAAGUACUUAACUUUCACGAUUUUACUCUCGAAACGCAUAAAACAUACCCAUUGAGAAAUCGUCCAAUUACAUUUGGGUGCACCAAGAUCAAUUAUGUAUUUUUAUCUGUGAAAGCUCUUCUCCGAUGAAAAUUCUAGCCACAUACACAACUGUACAAUUAUGAAAGAAAACAGUCGUACUGGUAAAACCGUCUCUAUUUUCAAGAGCAUAUUGACGAACUGUGCAUCUCAGGCAAAGGAAUAUGGCAAUUGUGUCGCAGCAAAGGUUCCAGAAGUUGAACGUGACAUGUGCUUGAAAGAAUUCCUUGAAUUAAGGAGCUGCAUGCAGAAUGUGCUAAGAAGAAGGGCUUAGGUCGCAAACAUUAUAUCAAAGCUAUAUAGUUCAGUUGGUUUAGUCAAGUGGAAAAGCUUAGUUUUCUGAGUGCCAUACUUCUAGGUUUAGCCAAAGUUCCCACAAAUUUGUAGAGGACCGAAGCAGAAAAUAUGUCUGCCAAAACAUCAUGUUCUCAUCCUCCUAGUUUUGGUGGUUCUGGUGCCCUCUCACAUGUGCAUAUUAACUAUCCUCCUCUAAGAUGCCAAGUACCUGGUACAACGAAGUUAUUCUAUGAUGAUGGGUCCAAACAAUUAAUUGCUCCUACAUCUGGCCGGGUCUUCUCAUGGAAAGUAACUCCAUUUAGUCCUCAUAUUUCCCCCUCCUCUGAAGCAAUAGGAGUAGGGCCUGUGCUGUCAAUCCGGUAUUCUUUAGAUUUGAAACUUUUGGCUAUCCAAAGAUCUGCACAUGAGGUUCAGAUAUUGAACAGAGAAGCUGGGGAUAUUUUCAGUCAGAAGUGUAGGCCCGAGUCAGAAAGUAUAUUGGGUAUCUUUUGGACAGAUGGUCCAACAUGUGAUAUUGUCUUUGUUAAGACUAGUGGACUAGACUUAUUCUUAUACGAUUUUGAAUCAAAAUCUCUUCAUUUGGUUGAGACAAAGAGACUGACUGUGAGCUGGUAUGUCUACACACAUGAGAGCAGAUUAGUACUUCUCGCUUCAGGAAUGCAGUGCAAAACUUUCAAGGGAUAUCAGUUUUCUUCUAUGGGAGUAAUCCGUUUGCCAAGAUUUGAUAUGGCGAUGGCAAAGUCUGAGUCUAAUAAUGUCCCCAUCCUUGCUGCAGAAGACGUGCAUGUUAUCACUGUUUAUGGUAGGAUUUACUGCCUGCAAGUAGAUAGAGUUGCAAUGUUGCUGCACAUAUAUAGGUUUUAUCGGGAUGCUGUGAUACCACAGGGAUCUUUCCCCAUUUAUUCCAACAGAGUUGCUGUGAAUGUGGUUGACAAUGUAUUGCUUGUACAUCAAAUGGAUUCUAAAGUUGUAAUCAUGUAUGAUAUAUUUAUUGGUUCGCAUGCGCCGAUAUCUUCACCUCUUCCUCUAUUGAUGAGAUGCAUACCAAAAAGUAUCGAUACAUCCUCUCAAUCCAUGUGCCAAAACACCCAAUCCUCAGAAGCAAAAGACUUGAAUGAUGCUGAAACAAUGAUGUAUGGAGAUUCCUGGGCUUUUCUGCUUCCUGAUCUUAUAUGUGACACUAGUAAUGGAUCAUUGUGGAAAGUCUACUUGGAUCUAGAUGCCAUUUCUGCCAGCAGCUCUGAGGUACAACUAGUCCUUGAGUUUUUACAGAGAAGGAAAUUGGAAGCAAAUAAGGCUAAAAACUUGUGUCUAUCUAUGGCACGCACCAUUAUUCUUGAACGACGACCUGUUCCAGUUGUUGCCAGGGCAAUGGAUGUUCUAGUCACCUCUUUCAUGACCUCGCCAAAAACUGCUAAUCAUUACAAGGGAAAUAAGACAGAAGAAGGUUCACCUUCCAGUUCUUCUAACACCAAUGAAGCCGUUGAGGAUAACAUGGAAACACCUAAAGUUGGAACGAGUUCCAUUCAGCAAAAAUAUGUUCCAACACUCUUUUCUGGUCCAGGCUCAAAGGAUUUUGAAUCUUCAACUACCGUGGGGCCUGAAGUGAAUUCAUCAGAGGUGAGGCCUCAGAUUGUUGGAACGCGUAGCACCCCAUUAAAUGGUAACACCCCUGAGAAACAGGAAUUGCAAGCGACUUCAGCCGCAAUUUCAUUAGAUGAUAUGUAUAGUUUUGUAUUCUCUCCUGUUGAGGAAGAGAUGGAUGGAGGUGCUUCGUACUUGGUUGGUAUCAUCAUUGAAGUCCUUCUCAGUGCCAAUUCUGUAAAACUCAAAGUACCCCAAAAUAUAUACUGUUUGAUGAUACAAUUGCUGGCACGAAAUGAGCGCUACACAGAAGUUGGAUUGUUCAUCAUGAAUAAGAUCAUUGAACCUUCAAAAGCAGUUGCAAUGCAAUUAUUAGAAUCAGGUAGGCGGAAUUUCAGUACAAGGAAAUUGGGUCUAGAUAUGCUCAGGGAGCUCCAUCUACAUCAUGAAUAUGUCCUGCAACGUGUGCAAGAUGGAUACUAUCUUGAAGCUUUACGCUAUGCACGGAAAAAUAAGGUGAACACGGUGCGACCUUCGUUGUUUUUAGAAGCAGCUCACGCUUCAAAUAAUUCACAACACCUAGCUGCGGUGCUCAGGUUUUUCUGCGACUUCAUUCCCAGUUUCAAGAGCACAGCUGACCACCAAACAUACGAUCAUCUUCUCUCCACUUUUAUGACGAGUCGGUCUUUGGCAUAAGGCCACCCGUCCUUACUUGGAUUCCCUUCUGGCAGUAUAAUAAAAGGAGUACUACGUAUGUAUUAAGUUGUAUUUGUGCAGUGCUGCAUUGCCUAAUCCAAAGCGGUGGUCCACUUAAAUGGUCCAUAUUAGUUUGCGGAUUAAUAAUAGUGGAUGGAUCAUAAUAUGGUCUGCCGUUUCGCAUCAAAUCAUCCUCACUCAUAGUAAUGUGUAAACUGUGAAUUUUCAACCGCCUUUUCUAUUUCAAGAACCCACCAUUCAUUUAGUGAUGGUUAACUCUUAACAACCAUUUUCUGGUUUAUCAGUUAGGCCAGCACCCUCCAUAUUUGGCAUUACCUCCGUCCCCACUAACAUUGAGUGACACAGUUAUUAAGAAAAAUGAGUUUCUA